AUGAUGGCAGAAAUUGAGACAGAGCCAUGCUUAUUAGCAGAUUCAGGAUAUCAAGGUAUUAAUGAUAUAAUACCAUGGGCAAAAAUUCCUUUUAAACGUCAAAGGAAUACAGAAUUAACAGAUGAUCAGAAGGAAUACAACCGAAAACUCUCCAGUAAUCGAAUCAUUGUCGAGAAUUAUUUUUCUCGUCUCAAACAAUACUGGAGAGUGAUUGGUGGUAAAUGGCCAUUGAAAAUCAAGGGUGAUCUAACAUUUUAUCAUCACACCUUUGCAAUGUGUGCAGGCCUUACAAAUAAACUUUUGUGCCGACGUCCAUUACGUAGAGGUGCUGAAAGAUGGGAUCUUUUAGAUCUUGAUAGCAUGGAUGAAAAUAGCGAGGCAUAUAACUAUCAAGAAUCAGUUUCUGAAGAUGACAGUGAAAAUUCUUAUUAA